AAGCGGGCGGCCCAGUCCCAUGGCCUUCAGCGCAUCAGGGGCAGCAAUGUCAACGGGCACUCUCGAUCGACGCGGCUGAGCUAAUAUAAGAAGCAUCACGCAAGGGAUUGCCAGCCCGCCGGGUCUGCCCGUGAGCUCGACUGCCCGCGAACGACGAUGACGACGACGACGACAACCGCCUAUGCAUGCCCGUCGUCACGUCGUCGCGGCCAGGUGGAGCAAGGGCGGCGCCAUCGUCCAUGUCGUCCAUGCCGCCGUGCGCCGGGCCUCGUGGCACGGGUGCGUAGUGGUGGUGGAUGAUGAUGAUGAUAGAGACAGCCAGACUGACGGACGCCCGGCCGGCCGGCGCGACGGCUAUGAGAACGCGAGAGAGAGAGAGAGAGAGAGAGAGAGAGUAAGGUGGGCGAAAAAGAAACGACUCACUCUAUUCCAUGCUCCAGCCAUGCACCGGCUUCCAAUGGCGGGCGGAGAGAUCAGGGCCAUCAUCCAGCUGAGCCAUACGAGCCCUUUGCACGGCCUUCUUCAUCCACGCCCGAGCGCUACUACCAGGCGCCCGCUGAUAUAUCCCUUCCCUCACUCCCCGCUGCUGUGCUGCCCAGCGACUGGCUUCUUGUCCCGCAGCCCUGGCUACCUACCUACCUACUCUCUCUCUCUCUCUUUCUCUCUCUCUCGUCCCCGGCCUUCACCUCCAAAACACAUUGACAUUCUGCUUCUCAAACUUCACAUAUCUUCGCAUCCACGUCCGGCGCCUCCGGAUUGUGACUCAGCGCUUUGGCCUUUCGCGGGGAAAGCAUUCCAAGAUUCUCAGCUCAGCCCCUCCUGGGGUUACUCUGCCACCUGCCUGCCGCCCGUCGGCUCAGCCCGCCCGCGCGCCUUGGCGCCUCGCACAUCCCUCCCGCCGCCCACUCCCCGGUUUCUACGUUCCCAAGAGGCAAGCCUCCCCCGGCAGAGCCGCAUCGGGCUCCCGUCUGUCAUUGCCACGUCCCUGGAUCAGCUCGUGGGCUGACUCAAGGAAAGCUUACAGCUGACUGUGUAAGUAUUCAUGCCAUAGCCUGCACUGCACCACC